UCACGUUCAAGGAUCCACAGCCUGUAUUUAAAGGAUUCUGGUCGUCACGAUUGAAGGAAAAAUCCAUAGCAGCCCUGCCCCUACUUGCGGCCGUAGUUUGCGCCCAGUUCACUGUUUGGCCGCACAAGCCAAAUGCAUGGUUCGACUUCCAAUCCCAACGACAGUUCCCAUUUUCCCUCCCAAAACCGUAAACGCUCAUUCAUAUUUCGUUUCUACAAAACACCAAUGCCUCUCUCUUCUGAAAUCCUGCUCCUCAAUCAAACAUCUCUCUCAAAUCCAUGCUCAGAUACAAGUUUCUGGUCUCCAACAAGACAACUUUCUCGUAUUUGAACUCAUUCGGUUCUGUUCUUUGUCUCCUUCAAAUAACUUGGCUUAUGCCCGCUCCCUGCUUUAUCACUCUGUUAACUCAAUCCCACCAUCUUCUUGGAAUAUAGUCAUUAGAGGCUAUUCUACUAGUAAUACCCCAAGAGAGGCUAUAUGGGUCUUCCGUCGAAUGCGAAGAGAAGGAAUUAGACCCAAUAACUUGACCUUCCCUUUUCUUCUCAAAGCAUGUGCUUCGUGUUUUGCAAUCAAAGAGGGAAAACAAGUACAUGUGGAUGUUAUUAAGCACGGUUUGGAUUGCGAUGUGUAUGUCAACAAUAAUUUGGUCCAUUUUUAUGGGUCAUGCAAGAAGAUUUCGGAUGCAUGUCAGCUGUUCGAUCAAAUGUGUAUUAGAACCGUGGUUUCAUGGAAUGCAGUAAUUACUAGUUGUGUUGGGAGUUUGAGGUUGGGAGACGCAAUUGGAUAUUUUGUGAAAAUGAUGGAUUUUGGGUUUGAGCCAGAUCAGACCACGAUGGUGCUCAUGCUUGAGGUCUGUGCCGAAAUGGGGAAUUUGAGUUUAGGUAAAUGGAUUCAUUCUCAAGUCAUUGAGAGAGGGUUGCUACUGAAUUAUCAAUUGGGUACAGCUCUUGUUGAUAUGUAUGCAAAAAGUGGAGCCAUUAGUUAUGCUAAGCUAGUUUUUGAUAGAAUGAAGGAGAAAAAUGUUUGGACAUGGAGUGCAAUGAUUUUGGGGCUAGCUCAACAUGGAUUUGCCAAAAAAGGGCUUGAACUUUUUGUUGAGAUGAUGAAGAGCUCUUCCAUACAACCAAAUUAUGUCACGUUUCUUGGUGUUCUUUGUGCUUGUAGCCAUGCUGGUUUGGUAGAUGAUGGAUUUCGGUACUUUCAUGAAAUGGAAUAUAGAUACAAUAUCAAACCAAUGAUGAUACAUUACGGUGCCAUGGUUGAUAUCUUAGGUCGUGCUGGCCGUCUCAAACAGGCUUUUGACUUCAUUAUGAGCAUGCCUUUCCAGCCUGAUCCAAUUGUAUGGAGGACAUUGCUUAGUGCUUGCAGCAUUCAUGAUGUUAACGACAUUAAUGGAGUAGCAGAUAAUGUAAGAAAGAAGCUGCUUGAACUAGAGCCAAGGAGAAGUGGGAACCUUGUGAUGGUUGCAAACAUGUAUGCUGAUGCGGGAAUGUGGGAGAAAGCAGCAAACGUCAGGAGGCUAAUGAGAGAUGGUGGCUUGAAGAAGAAGGGCGGGGAGAGCAGUGUUGAAUUAGCUGGAUCCAGCCAUCAGUUUUUUUCUGGGUAUAACUCUCAGGAUGAUGACCAAGGUAUUUACCAGUUGCUAGAUGUACUGAACUUGCACAUGCAGACGGUAAAUUUAUUGUGAUUGAAAUUGCUCGUCAUUUCUUAUUAUCUAGAGCAGUGUGACAUUUUCUCAGCAGCAUUAGCACUCAUUAUUUUUGCGUGGUAUGUCUCGGGUAAUUUUCUUACCUUUCAAACAAUGAUACUAGGUCAGUGUUUCCUAAAUCAUUUAUAAUUGAGGUGAAGGCUGAUGAGCUGACAGAAGAAUAAUUAACCUUUUCUCUUCUUUGUAAAGGUUAUUUCCACAAGCAGAAAGGAAAAUUGAAACAUAUAUCUAAGAGGAAUGCGCAUACGCAUACAAUUUUGUUGUUGAUGAAAAUUAAUUGU